GAAGACGUCACGAUGGCUACGACGCCGGCCCAGAACAAGAUGCCUUACGUACGCCUCGGUAACUCCGGCUUGAAGGUGUCUAAGAUUAUCCUCGGCUGCAUGCAGUACGGCCAUAAGCAGUGGCAAGAGUUCUGCCUCCCGCAAGAGGUCGCUAUUGAACACAUCAAGGCUGCAUAUGAGGCCGGUAUACAGACGUUCGAUACUUCGAACAACUAUUCGAAUGGUCUCUCAGAGAUUAUGCUAGGCAAUGCGAUCAAGGAGCUCCAGCUUCCGCGCGAGCGUAUUGUCAUCAUGACCAAGGUCUUUGCACCCGUGGCUAAGGAAUUCGGAAAGUCCCUCGUUGGCGUGAACGUUGGCGAUGAAUGUGUGAACCAGUGGGGUCUGAGCCGCAAGAAUAUUUUUGCAUCUGUUCAAGCAAGCCUGAAGCGCCUCCAGGUGGAUUACAUUGAUCUGUACCAAUGUCAUCGCUUUGACAAUGAUACCCCCAUCGAAGAGACGAUGCAAGCACUUCAUGACAUUGUCAAACUCGGCUGGGUGCGAUACAUCGGCAUGAGCUCCUGCCACGCGUACCAAUUCCACGCUAUGCAAAAUUAUGCCAUCGCGAACAAGCUCACACCGUUCAUCUCAAUGCAAAACCACUAUAAUACAAUUUACAGGGAAGAAGAACGUGAGAUGUUCCCGACUCUCAAGAUGUUCGGCGUUGGGUCUAUCCCCUGGGCCCCGCUUGCUCGCGGUUUGCUCGCGAGACCCCUAAGCGACUCAAGCACGGUUCGUGGUGAGGAUGCCUGGCUCAAGAGAUACUUCGAGGGUCCCGGAACGGAUGCUAUCAUCAAGCGCACGGAAGAAGUGGCCAAAAAGCGCGGCAUCACCAUGGCCCAGGUUUCAAUUGCCUGGAUGCUGUCCAAAGAGGGUGUCACCGCGCCCAUUGUCGGGCUGACCAAGGUAAAAUACCUGGACGAUUUCAUCGUCGGACUCGACGUGAAGCUCACGGAAGAAGAGAUCAAGUACAUCGAGGAAGAGUACAAGCCGCGCACAAUCUUUGGUCAUUGAUGAACAUAAACGUGUAUCGAGAAGCUUUACAUGCCUCCUACUUAUCUAACAAGCCGGUCUACAACUGCG